AUGGCGGUCCCCACCCCACGGCCCCGCGAGGUGGCAGCAAGUGUCCACGGAGGAAGCAGAGAGGCUGGGAGGCUGCGAGCUGCUCUGCCCGGCUGCGGAGAGGAGCCAGCAGCCAACGCGCUCAAGGUCUCCUCCUCAGAUCCUGUCACCGUGGAAAUUCCUCCCAAGAGCCCUGAUGGGAGUGAGAAGUCUCCUCAGUCCAAGGAGCUACUGACCAGUAACACAGCCAGCACCCUCUGCAUCAGCUCCCGGAGCGAGUCCGUCUGGACCAGCGCAUCCAGAAGCAAGUGGGACAUAUACCACAAGCCUGUCAUUGUCGUGUCUGUUGGAGCAGCCGUCUUCCUCUUCGGGAUAGUCAUCACCAGCCUGUCUUGCAUCCAAAUCAGGAACAAAAACGUUUACAAAAUGUGUGGCCCAGCUUUCCUGUCCUUGGGACUGAUGCUCCUUGUUUGUGGCCUUGUCUGGAUCCCCAUCAUCCGGAAGAAGCAGAAGCAGAGACAGAAGUCACAGUUUCUGCAGAGCCUCAAGUCCUUCUUCUUUAACCGCUGA